AUGUAUCAAGAAGCUACAGGAACUGCCGAAUUCGAUCGAAUUACACAACUGUACAACUUAAAAGACAAACUUGUUCGAAUUAUUACUGAUAAUGCAAGUAAUAAUCAAGCUGCUUUUAAUCAUCUCCUAUUACCCGGAUUUGAUGAAUAUUUUGAUGAUUCAAUUGAUGAUCAAUCGGAACUUGAAACAAAUGACGAUGAUACUGAUAGUGAUGAGUGCGACAAGAAUCAAUUGGAAAUAGAAGAAGUAAAUGAUGAUAUAUAUGGAUCAACACUUAAUGCACCAACAGAUCAAGAAUUUUUACGAUUACCAUGCUUUAUCCAUUCUCUUCAACUGGUGAUGCAUGAUGGUAUUCAGGCUGCUAGUGAUGCUUUAUCAUCUCUUAAAAAGGUAGCUGAUCUUGCUAAACUUCCACACACAAAAGAUUGUGUUUCUUUAUUUGACCUUUUUAAUGAAGCUACCAUUUUGACACAAGGUGAAUGCUAUGCUACGAUUAGUCUUGUUGCUCCUACAAUUCUUGGUAUUCUUAUUGAUCUUGAACAUGAGCGCGCUGCUUCAAAUUUAUCUCUUGUAUCUUUAUGUGAAGCACUUCUUUCGUCCAUUAAAGCUCGUUUUAGUGGACUUCUUCACCAUUUCGAAACUGAUGUGCCAUUUGCUUCUUAUUCUAUGUCUGAACGUUUUUCUGAUCCUAUUUUUCUUGUUACGCCAGUUCUAGAUGCACGUUUUAAGUUUUUAUGGCUUGACAAUCUUCAAGGUACGUAA